AUGCGCUUCUGGAUCUCCACGAUGGUCGCGAGAGGGUUCAUGGUGGCGACGACGGGGCCGGCGUAUUGGACGGCGAGGAAGACGACGGGGAAGCAAAUUGAAUUGGGGAGGACGAGCAAGACGACAUCGCCGUGGCGAAUGCCCAAUUUGUGGAGAGCAGAGGCUGUGGAUUUGACGAGGGGGAAGAGGUCUUGGGCUCCAUUCUUCAGGUUAGGACUAGAUUCGACAGAGAGUUGCUUCAUCGUCGUCGUCGAUGAGGACUCUGACGACAUCAGCGGUGGUCCCGCCACCUCCUUCACUUGCGACGCAGCCAGUGAAUGCACUGUCGGCGCCCGACGGCACCGAAGGAAGAAGAUUAGCGAGCAAUUUCAAUGGCUUGAGGAGGUCGCCUCGCUUUCCGCUAUCGUCCCUGUCUCUGUUCCUUCUCCGACGCGGCGUUCUGCUUCAGCCCACAAGAGCAAUGCAACGAAGAGAGAUGAUGAUGAUGAAAGUUGCUGCCUUUGGAUUUCCUUUUCCCCUCACUGUAACAUAGUUGAGUUGAGAGUGGAGUCCGAUAUUGAAAUCCAAGUAAGGUUAUCUGCUGCAUUUGCAUCGGAGACUGAUAAUUGCAUGAUUGGUUUGGUUCUAGCAGAUUGGGCGUAUGUGUUGGCAAUCGUUUUGGCGGUACUGGCUUUACCUCUGGCCGCUAAAAGGUUAGAACUUGUGAAUGAGAAAAUGAAGGAUGAGGUGUUUGCCAAGGUACUGAAGCAUUUACUCUAUCCUAGCAUACUUCAACAAUGGUACUAGGUGUUCUAGGCUGGACGUAGAGCACAUCCUGAUGCUUGAUAAGAAAUGUAUAAUCAGUUCUGUGAUCCGGAUUGGAGGCUCUUUAUCGGGAUUUUCUAGGUAGUCCCUUAUGCUGCUUCCCAUAGUGUUUCUAAUCUCUGCCCAAAUGGUUCCUCAUCUAUGAACAGUGGUGGUGUAUUGACCUAGGUUUAAGUCAUCCUGGAGCUCAAAACUCAGUGGGAUAGUCAACUAGGGUAAAUGAUGGAGAGUUAGCUUCAAGGGUCAAUGUGGUAUGCAACCUAAGUCUAUUGUGACUUGCUUGUGUAUAUGGGCUGUUGAUUUCUCAGGAGACACGCGAAGACAGAAACUUAUGGCACUAGCUUGAUUGACAAAUUCCCUAGUGUCAAGGGAAGCUGGGAAAAACUCAAAGCUACAUUCAAACUAUUGCCAAACUCAACUGCCAAACUCAACUACCAUCAUUCUUAACUUCAAAGAUGAUAAAACGAGAGGAAAAACGG